AUGGUUCGAGACUGGAAAGAGGUUGUCGCUGAAAAGCGAGCCGAGGUGGGGAAACAAUUGCCACAAGAAUGGCGCCUCUCAAAGGAUAUCCUCGAUACCAUUAGCCCAAGUGCCGACACCAAUGUUCUGGAUGUCCCUUCGAAAUGCGGUAUCCUGACUCCCAAGGAGCUUGAGAUCACGGAGAAAUAUGAUGCUGUUGACCUCGUUGCCAAACUUGCGAGCAAGGAACUGUCGUCAUACGAUGUUACGUUGGCGUUUUGCAAACGUGCUGCAAUUGCUCAUCAAGUUACCAAUUGCUUGACCGAAAUGUUCUUUGAACAAGGUUUAGAAAGGGCCAAAUAUCUGGAUGAGUAUCUGGAGAAAGAGGGUAAACCACUGGGGCCGCUUCAUGGCUUGCCAAUCAGUCUCAAGGAUUCGUUCAAUCUCAAAGGCAUCAACUCAUGCAUUGGCUAUGUGUCUUUCAUCAGUCAUCCUCCAGCAGAUACGAACUCGCCUCUGGUCGACAUCCUUUUGCAAGCCGGCGCAGUUCUGUACGUCAAAACCAACAUCCCACAAACCCUGAUGACGGCAGACUCGGACAAUAAUGUCUUCGGCCGCACAAUGAAUCCGUACAAACUGAGCAUCAAUGCCGGGGGUAGUAGUGGUGGAGAAGGAGCAUUGGUAGGCAUGAGAGGUUCGAUUUUGGGCGUAGGCACCGAUAUUGGAGGCUCCAUCAGAAUUCCUGCUCUCUGUUGCGGAACCUUUGGUUUCAAGCCAUCGACUGACCGUAUUCCAUUCGGAGGCCAAGUAAUGCCGAUCCGUGAUGGGUGGGCCGGUAUCAUCCCUGUUGCAGGCCCUCUUGCCAACAGUGCUAGAGAUCUGAGACUCUUUCUCCAGACGGUCAUUCAAGCUAAGCCUUGGAAAUUUGACUACAGUGCUGUGGCCAUUCCCUGGAGUCCCACGCCUGUGAAGAAGAGCCUGACCAUUGGAGUUAUCUUCGAGUGUCCAACAUUCCCAGUGACGCCGCCUAUACUUCGUGCCGUCAAGACAGCGACUAAAAAGUUGCAGGAGGCGGGUCACAAGAUUGUUAUGUUGGAAAAUUUUCCAUCGUUCGCAGAAGUGACCAAGGCGGCAUGGGACUUCUUUGAUAUUGAUAAUUCGCUCGCAGGAUUCAAAUUUAUCGAGGAUUCGGGCGAACCUUGGGUGCCUUCGGUCAAGGACAUGUACACCCCACCUCCGGAGGGUCGAAAGACCAAGACCAUGGAUGCUUUCUUGGAUCACACGGCAGGCAGAUCCAAGUUGCAAGAAAAAUGGUUUAAAAUCUUUAUGGAGAACGAGAUGGAUGUCCUUUUGACACCUGGUUCUCAUUGCACUGCAGUGCCACACGAUACCUUCAGGAUGCCGGCUUAUACUGCUUACUGGAACCUGCUCGCUUACCCUGCGUGUAUCAUACCAUAUCUGCACGCCGACAAGUCUGUGGAUGUCGCGGACUCAAAAGUUCCAGCGUAUGAGCCGGAAAAGGUAGAUGGUGCGCCUUGCAACGUCCAGGUCAUUGCGCGACCGGAACUGGACGAAGAGUUGAUAUCUGCUGUGGAAGUAAUAGCAAAGGAUCUAGGAAUCUAA